AUGGACGACCUUUACGAGACGGAAAACUUUGACGAGCCCGCCAAUUACAUGGACGACGACUACAACGACGAGGACCAGGCGAUGCUCACCGCCGCCGAAGAGGAGGCGCAACAGGCCAUGGCAACCAUGGACCGGCUCGGCGAUACUCUCAAGGACAUCCAAAUGCGGCAACACUCCGUCCAGAUGAGCCGGCAGUACUACCGCGCGAGCUACCAGGCAAAUCCCCGAAGCUCCGGAGGCCAAGGACGGACGUCGAGCACGAGUACCAGUGGCAACUGCAACCCCGGCCAGUCGAGCGCACCAUUUGUCUGCUACGUUCAUGGUCAAGCGGAAGGUGAGAGUGCUCUCACCACUUUUCCAUCCACCGCAGAGGCGGUCGAGGAGGGCUUUGCCAUGAUCGACGGAAGCGCCACCAAACUGGCAGAACGGGACAAGGGCAACCAACCCUUGUUUGGCUUCGGGAACAGCACCGAAAGACGCUGCGUCAGCACCUGCAAAGUGGGGGUCACAGCCGGUGGCCAAAGUGGACAGGCGGAGAUACACACUUUGAACCAAGGUGUUGGCUCGAACCUCUUCAGCAUCGAUGCCAUGCGGACUUCGGGAGCGAUAGUGGGCUUUCGCUCGGGCCUCCUCGUGCUGACCGCCAUCAACGGCAGGAGGAUCAUCCCGCUGCGCAUGUCCUCGACAAGUCAUCAGUUGAUAUCGCUGGCACAAGAGGACAACUCCUUUCUGAUCUCGAUCCUGACGGGUAAAGAGAUUUCCAAUAAUGCACCCGUGCUGAAUGUGAAGCUGUUCGUCCUGCAGGCCGUUUGCCAGGCUCAGAAGCUCAAGCUUGUGAUCAGGUUGCUCCCUCGACUUCACCUCAUGGAUCGCCUGAGCCGUCCCAAGCUCGUGUUGCACCUGAAGGGCCUCGGCAAGGAGACCCCGGAGGCCUGGUCAAAACUCGAGAUCCGCCAGCUCAUCCACGAACGCGUGGAGGAUCAGCCGACACUGGCUGCAACGGUGGCCCACAAAACUCCUCUCGAGAUCCAGAUCAAUACAUACAUUCUUCUGUUUCUUCUGUUUCGGGCGAAGAGUCGUAGCGACGCGCACGAGCUCGUGCUGAGCAGUAAUCAGAUCUACCCCAGGAGCGAGCGCGGAUGUCAAAACACCUUCAUCGAGGUGAUAUCGGGGCAUCGGCGGUAUGGGAAGGCAAACUGCAAGCUGUACAUCCACAGCUGUCAUUCAAACGACCUGGUCUACCGGGCUGCGGGGCCAGAUGUCAAGGCGCUCGCCUAUCGUAUAAGCAACUAUGUCGACGAGACCUUGGGUGUGGCAGUAUCCGACACGGACACCAUUGCGGCCAUGCAGCGCCAAGCCAGCGACAAGAUUCUCCAGGAGUGCCAGGUGCAUGGCGCCGAUCCAGCUCAGCUUUCAGGACACCUUCUGCCCCGUCCCAAAACACGCGGACACAAGACGAAUACAUCGGGAACGGCAGCUAGCAGCAGCACUCCGAAGGCCCCGGCGACAGACUCUCGGGACGACCUCGUCUUGCAGCUGACGACUGCUCCUCAGGAUCUGAGGAAGUAG